AUCAACUGGCAGCAGAGGAGUCUCUCCCCCGAUUAUGCAUCAUGAGGCACAUGUGCAUUGUGCAGUUAUGGUUACGCUAGAUAUAAGCCUAGCUGCCGCUGGAGUUUGGACCGCAUGCGGCCCCCACCCUUACCAUUCGAUCCUCAGCUCGCUCCAGGUGACUUGAACCGUGAUGGGAUUUCAACGCCGCUCCCAGCUUGUCCAAGUUUGUAUAUACUCUUUCUAUUGCCCAUGGGCUCCUUUCCCUUGCUGUUGACAUCCAUCCCCUUUCAGCUUCUCGUAUUAAACCGCCUGAAUUGCGAUCGACCUCGGCCUGCUCGCCUGCAAGCAUCGCAAGGUCGUCGAGCCUUCGUGGCUCACUAGCAGCCCUGCAACCAUGCCGUCUGCGCUGCUCCACGGGCGCACCUUGACGCACACCGUCAAGAAAGCCUGUGACAUCUUCGCCGAUCCCAAAUGGGGCUUUUCUGACACGGCGGUUCCAUCACAAGUGAUGCGGUGGUCCACUCGCCCCGGUCUGUUCCGCUGCCGUAUGCGCCGGAACAAGGAUGGCACGAGGGCUGCAUUCGAAGUGCGGCUGCAGGAGAGAAAGCUGAGCAAGUGCCCAGAGAAAGUCAAGGUGAUCGUCUACCCCAUCCACUUGGACGCAAAAGGAAACCGCAUCACGGACAUGCUCGGAGUGGACGGGCAUUUCAAGGUCGAGAGCCGUGCGCUCGAAGACCCGGUAAUGCUUCCGAUCAUUGUGGAACUCAAAGAUCCCGAAUGCACAUCAGUCAUGAUCUCAGUCAGCAGACUGCGUGAGGACGGUGCGUAUGAGGUCGACUUGGGACGCUUUGUCUGGUAUUUUGGUGAAACAGCGACAAAUGGUCCGCGUCCGAUGUGGCAGCCUCGCGAUAUCAAAGGAAUCAUCCCACGCCCUUCCUAUGCAUCUUCCCUCUACAGCGGCACUAGUGACUCCGCUUCAUCGUUCGAGGUUAACAACACCGACCUCAGCGAUACUGUACGCUCCAAAAGGAUCAGGAGGAUCGCGAGCAAAGCCUGGAGAAUUACAAAGAACGUCCUCGGCACUCCGCCGGGAGCUGGGCUCGGCCCUGAGUAUGCUCCAGAGCGGUACGACGCUACCCACUAUACAAGGGUUGAUCCCACAGGCUUCAUGACGAGCCCGACGAUGGACCCUCUGGUCUAUCCUGGCACGAGCCGCGCAAGACAGAGUGCUCGAUGCACCGGCGCGCAAUCGCUCCUCGUGCUGGACGGCGGGCGGAUGGCCCAUACACCCGCGGAUGGCAGCAUUGCGACUCGGCGAGAUACAAAGCUGUUAUUGAGCUCCGAGGAUGGUUCGCACAUGAGCAGCUUGAACCGUAAUCCAGCAGGAUGCGCGGUCAGCCUGGCGCAUACUAACAUAUAUGGUGACGCUGGGAACACACGUUGCCUCAUCCACGCGCAUUGAUACGGCUGAAAUAUGCCUGGAAAUUCUUAUGGUGCUGUCUCAUUCUUUUUUCACAUUCCAACACUCGUGGUGCUUUGCAAUACAUGCUCUCG